GCACACCUUUUGCAGUUUCAGACCACUCCGAGUCACUCCUUGUUCCUCUAUCCUGUAUUUUAGUUCAGCCUUCCCAGUGCAGUGCUUUCCUAACCAUAUAUUCCUGAACUUUGGCAUAACCUAUCCGUUGUACUGCCAGCAAACGAGUUGCAAGUGUACUUAUACCCAUAAGGAUACUUGCAGACUGGUGACUGGCUUCUACUUGUAUACCAUGACUGUAGCUUUACUCCAGCUCCCGCUCGAGUUGUUAUGCCAUGCCUUGAUAUUCUUGCCCUCUCGCGAUAUCUUGCGUGUAUCUGUGACAUGUAAAUACUUCAAGGCCGCUGUCGACAACUCCCCACGCCUACAGUAUAUCCUAGACCUCGCUUUUUAUCAAAUGGUCUCAGCAAAAUCUUUGGAGUCUGGAUCCUUCAUAUCGACGCGCAGCAACCUUCUGCGGGGCCGCGAACAUGCGUGGAAGCACAUGAAGUAUAAGAAGAAGUGCACUCUUCCAAUACCUCAAACAGGCCAUGUUUACGAAUUCGCUGGUGGGAUCUACGGAAAUGCAACUGGUAGCUUGAUCCAUUUUGUGAAACUUCCCACUGCAGAGAAUAUGCAAUCUAUGCGUGGCUGGACCCAUCCCACCACAUCGUGGAUACUGGUUGAUUUUACAUUCUCUCCAGCUGACGAUCUCCUCGUCGUUGUGGCACACCCAGAGUCAGAGGAAGCGCAUGCGUAUGAUAUCCAUCUGAGAACUUUAUCGACAAACGAAGCCCAUCCUCGUGCUGCAUCGUCGACGCUGCACUCCAUCAACAGGUCACUAAUCUCCCAUGAAUUCUCCGAGCCAGCGAGUGCUAUAAAGGUUCAAGUCGUUGGAGACUUCGUCGCCCUCCUUUGUCGAGAUGUAUUGCUCCCUACUUACGAGCUUGGUGCUUCUCUACAAAUUUGGAAUUGGACGGAAAAACGGGAAACAAAAAUUACAAAAACGUUUCUAGAUGGCAUCGAUGACUUUUCCUUCCUUUCGAACAACGCAUUCCUUGUUCUCACUGUCAUUGGAAUAAUCGAACUGUAUACCUUUCCUGAAGAUCUUUCAGGGCCUCCUAAAUGUACCGGGAGAUAUGCGCUACCCGAACUGAAGCAGGAGUACAUUUACUCAUGCACUUUCAUGAGCGGUAAUCCUACGCCAGGAUCUGGGGUUCCUUGCUCCGGAGGCGGCCAACUCGAAGAUGGUCAGCUGUUCCAACCUGACCCCGAUAAACAACUUCUCGUCUUUUUUGUCUCCAUCAUCUCCCAAUCUGACAUGGAAGAAGCCCAGAGCUUCAUCUUUUUCGUCGACCUCGUACAUUUUUUCCAGCAAAAUACUGUGACUAAAAUCCUGCUGGCCGACCCUGAGCUGGAAAAUAUGCCUGUCCCGUGGUCAGUCUGGGGUCUCGAGCACACGCGUUGGUUCCCCGAGAGCGAGGCAACGGACUGGCAACACGCUCUUUAUGGGUACAAAGCCGUUGAAACGAUCAACUGCGAUCCGACGAAUCAGCUCUCGCAGGAGCCCCGAAGGUUACGAAUUCGGGAUUUUAACCCAAAUGUUCUGAAGGAUAAUCAAAGAGAAAAUAAUAGUGGUUGGAAGGGGCACAUAGUGACGGGUUCGCUCGUGGAUGGAACCAAUUUGCCCUUUGCGGAGCCUCUAGGUGCCGGUCUACCUUACAGGGAGAUUGUUAGUGAGGAAAAAUUUAACGUUACCGAAGUAAUGAUGGAUGAUUGUAGGAUUCUGUUGUUGAAGCGCGAGGCAGGGGGAGAGCUCAAGAGUAUAGACGUUCUGAUGAUGUAGUAAGGAGGAAAUACAAUGAAUUGGGUCUGUGUUAAAAGAUAGCGCUGUAGCCAUAAAUACUCUACAUGAGAAAAACAAGAUGAAAUCCACACUAAUA